UUCGAGCGGCCGCUUCUAGUUCUUGCUGAUCGUGAUCAAAAGCCAUGUCGCUGGCCUCGCUUGGAAUAAGCUCCAGCUUCAUCAUAGGAUGUUGCAUAGCUGCCCAGAUAGCACGUCGAGUAUCAGCAAAGGUCCUGAAUCGUGGUGGCAUUGUUCCUGUCCUUAUAAAUGAGGCCAUUGCUGCAGCGGAAUUGUGUGCCUGCUGCUUUGAGCUGAUUAUUGUGGCUGACAAUUUUGGCGUGGCUACAUAUGCUGUCUUUCUGUUCAUGCUCACCGUUUGGUGGGGCAAAGUUUGGGGCGAUGCCUCCGCCUGUCCCUACACCCAUAUGGAAGAUGUUCUAGAGGGUCGCACCAGUUUCAAAGAGAUGGCUCUACGCACUUGGGCCGAACUAAUGGGUGGCUGUUGUGUCUAUCGCAUUGUACAGGUCUUCUGGUGGCUGGAAUUUGCCGAAACCCAUAAGGGACGGGCCUUUGGUGAAUGUAGUGCUGAUCUGCAAGUGAAUGUCUAUCUGGGAGCUGUCAUUGAGGGUGUUGCCACAUUACUCUGUCGCCUCGCCUCGAAGGCAUUGAGUGAAAAGGAACCGAAAUUUAGCAGCUAUAUUGAUUCGUUUGUAGGCACCAGCCUUGUGGUGGCAGCUUUCAAUUUCUCCGGCGGCUAUUUCAAUCCAGUGCUGGCUACCGCCCUGAAAUGGGGCUGCCGUGGACACACAAAUCUGGAGCACAUCAUUGUCUAUUGGAUUGGCGCUUGUGUGGGUGCCGUACUCUCGGUGCCAAUCUUUAAACUAACGCCAGUACGCCGUUUCCUACUUGGCGACGAGGAGAAGCCAAAGCAGGCGUAACGGACAAAAAAGACCGUUUAAAUUUUGUUAAACUUAACUUUAGUUUGUUUUUUUCGCUUCUACACCAAAUGAAUAUAUAUAGAUAUAUAUACUUUAAAUAUAAAGAAUUUAUUAACUUGUAUACAAGUAGGCACUAAAAUAUACAAAAAUAAAUUCAAAUUAAAGUAUCCUAGUAGGCAUUAUUGUAUUUUGUUUACACUUCAAAUCAGUUUAACUCAUAUACUUCUACAGACUCAACGUAAACACUAAACACAGCUAGACACACAAAAAAGAAAAAAAGAAAUAAAAAAAAAAUAUUUAAUGUUUAAACAUUGAAAUACAACAAAACAAACAACAAUGAUAACCGUUAGUAAAGUUUGUUGUUGCGAUCUAAAAUGGGGCGUUGUAAUCAUUGGCAUUAUUGACCUAAUCCUAACAUGUACCGGAAUUGGUGUAUCGUUAUGGAUGAAAGAUGACAAAACUGGCGAGGUAUUCUUCUAUAUCUGUGCUGUUAUUUUCAUUGCUCAUGUUGUUGCAUGUGUUCUGAUGGUCAUAUCAGGUUUUGUGGCAAACAAAAUGCUAGUGAUUUUAUAUUUAAUAACGCAACUUUUACGUGUAAUUUUCUGCAUUAUUGCAAUCAUUUGGAUCAUCAUAUUGCUAAUCACUCCCAAAAAUAAGGCAGAAGAAGCAGUUGAUUUAAUCCUAGAGAAAACUGGUAAUAAAUAUACCACAGGAAAUCUAAUUGCAACACUCAUUGUAGAUCUUGCACUGCUUAUUCUUGGAAUUUGGUUCUGGAUUAUUAGCUAUUCAUGGUUCGGCAAACUUGGGGGCUCUACCCCAAUUGAUUAAUCAAAUGAAGGGGUUGCUCUCAUGUGUUAUUACACUGGGGAAUGGUCUUGGCAAAUAGACACAAAUCUUUUGCCCUGUUUCCCAGUUAUUUCAUAUUAGCGUUUCUGUUUCAUUUGAUCCAAAUUUAUGGUGCCAUUAAUUCAGAAUAGAACUCGAACAAAUUCCAAUAUUCAUCAUCAAUGCCUAAAAGAUCUGUGAGGUGAUAUAAUAUAUAGGCAGCUAUCUUAUAUGAUAUUAUUGUGUGAUGCCGCCGCCACUGCAGACAGAGAUCAAGCUAAAACUAUCAUCCACUUAUUUAAUUUCUUGUCAAAUCAGUCAAAAUUUUAUUAAUAUGUUCACAUUCUACAAAUACAAGAUCAAAGAAACAUUAUAAAUAUAAAA